CUUAAUCUAAUCCACACUGCCGUUUACAGAUUGUUGCUAUGAUGCACAACAGGCAAAUUGCAGUGUUUCAAACUGUCACAAAUUUUGGGACACUCGUUUUGUAACAGGGUCGCUGAUCUCAUAGUGUUUCGUGACUAAAGAUAAGAAUAAGACCGAUAGUGGGCUCUGUUUACGCCUUUUCCAUUUACAAGUGUUGUCACAGAUACAAUUUAAUCAUAAAACAAGUGCAACACACAGUGGAUGUAUACAUCAGAGAUUUCAAACUGUCCACAAAGUCACCGCACAUCAGAGUAUUUCCGAAGCUUGUUGUGGCCAGCAAAGUAUUUUAAAAGGUUGUAAUGAUCUAACAUCAAAACGCGGCCAUACGUUUACGUAUUUUCUAUCUCCAGUUUAAUAACAUAGUUAAAUAACAAGGAAUAGAGUAUAAAAGAGUAUACCUGACACUGUGUGGGUACAGUACGGACAGGGGUUCCCAUACUUGCACGUCUGAGAGGCUGUGGUCUGCACAGUUGCAAGCAUGACGAGAAUCAUCUUGCUCGUUUGGUCCUUAGUCGCUAUCGCUUGCGGCUCAGUCUCAAACGACACCCCGUGGCGCACAGGAACGUCCAACUGUUCCUGUCUGGAGGAGCUAGCAAAUCAACAGCUCGUGAUCAACGACCUCGCCAACACCGUGAACACGCUAGCAGACCGACUGUCCCAGAUGGAGACCACCGUCGUGGCCACUCAAACCCUGGCUAGCCUGGACCACGCUCUCGGUACCGAGCUCAACCCCGCCUCCUCCUGUCUUCACAUCAAACAGAACAACCCCUCCAGCCAGGACGGUGCCUACUUCCUUAUCGGGAAGGACGGAACCAUCUACCAGACCUACUGCGACAUGACCACGGCCGGAGGCGGCUGGACGCUGGUCUCCAGCGUGCACGAGGACGACAUGUACGGCAAGUGUACAGCCGGGGAUCGCUGGACCAGCACCCGAGGGAACAACCACAACUACCCCGGAGGAGAUGGCAACUGGGCCAACGUGCACACCUUCGGCUCCAUGGGGUCGGCCACUACAGACGACUACAAGAACCCAGGCUACUUCAGCAUCCACGCCUCCAACGUCAUGCUGUGGCACGUACCGAACAACGUACCACCAAAAGAGUACAAAACCGCCGCCUACCUACGGUACCGCACAUCCACCGGUUUCCUCGAGGACUUUGGAGGCAGCCUUUACUCGCUCUUCAAAGAUCACUUCCUCAUCGGCCACAACUUGGGCACGUACACCCACGACAACGGUCCGGCCAUCCCCAUUGUGUACGAUCAGGGCAAUAAUACUCUUGUCGAGUCACUGUUGCCUCCGAACAUCCUGCAACAACAUGAAGCCGUCCCCGGGUUCGUGCAGUUUCGGGUCUUCAACUACGAGAGUGCCUGCCAUGCAGUUUGUCCAGGCGUCAACUUCGUCGGUGGCAACUCCGAGCACGUGUGUAUCGGUGGAGGUGGAUACUGGGUGGAAGGUGGAUCAAGCCAGUGCGGUGACUACGUCUCCAAGGACUGGGAUGGCUACGGUACCGGACAUGGCUGGAGCGCGAACCGGCUGGUCACUGAGUCCGUCAUCAUGUUCUUUUACCGCUGAGGUCCGUGAAUCUCCGACCGACUUACAGGAGGAUGUCUCUGUAAGAUGCAAACUCACAACUGUAUCUUUGAUUUAGAUCUGUUUUAGAAAUAAAUGAAUGCAAAAAAUUACCUCAUGA